AAAAUGUCAAUAAGACAUCGUCCACUUAAAACUUGUGGAUCUUCCAUCUCAAAAAUUACUCAAAAUUUGUACAAAGAUGUCAAGAAUUCCCAAGGAGCCUUGGGAUCAAUGGUCGCGAGAAUGGACCCAUUGGUUGCUUUAUCCGCUCCCGUCAUAAAUAUCAUCGAAAGUCAGAGCGAAUCCGCCCUCUCUUUCGCAGACGAUCGCAUCCUCGAGAUCGAAAGCAAGAUCGAAACCGCUUUUCCAUCGUCCACAUUAGCGUUCGACGCCGUGGACGAAGCCCUACACAUGGUAGAAAUCCUUCCUGCGAAGUUGGAUGGCGUUUUCAGAAGUAACUUUCCAAGUGGAAUAACUCUAGAUCAAUUCUUGAGUUGGGUGUAUGUCUUCUUAAUAACAUUGUUCAAGUUGUGCACAUCAAUUUUGACUCAUGGAGGGUUGCCCGAGAAGGAGAUCAUGGUUGACAUAACAUACAACAUUACUAGAAGGGGUUCCGAGUCAUCAAUGUCGUCGUCUAAUUAUUUAUCGGAUAGGUUGGGUUGGAUGAAGUGUAGCUAUAAGGAUAUUCUAAAGAAGCCCGAAAAAGAAGCCGAGAAAUGUAGUUAUAAAGACAUUUUGGAAAAAGGAACAAAACAUGAUCAUCCAAACACGAGAAAUAUAGAAGAAGAAAUAACGGGUAAAAAAAAUGAAGACAUAAAACUUAGGGAGAUAGGAAGGAUAAAAGAUGAUCAAGAAAAAGAAUACAUUAUUGUGAAAGCGGGAGAAAGAGAAGAAGGGGAAGACACGCCCAAAGAUCCACUUGGAGGCAUAAAGAUUAAGGGAGAUCCAACAUUACAAUUUGACACCAAUUGGCACAUAAAACCUAGUAAAUAA